AUGAUCAGCCAGUUACGCUCAGCCAGUACCGAGCAGCAGCAGCCAGUAGAGUGUUCCGGACAUCGCACUGGGCUAACAGUCUUCGUCCAAUGCUCUAUGCACCGCUCAGCUCCCGCGUGUCGUAGCCUGCAACACCAGUCUGCAGUGAUCUCAUUUGCUUUGUGGGGCGAGUGCGAGUUGAAUUUCCUUCAGUCUGUCUUCCCUGCUAGGGUAGCGCCGCUGCAGACAACAUGGCGAACGCUGCGGUUAGUGUUGCUCCGCCAAUCCCCUGUCGCUCAGCCUAUGCGCGUGAUCGGUACGGAGCCUCUCCCUGCGACUUUCCGCCUGGACCCGAACCGUGACAUCAUCGAGAUGAGCACGUAUCACGAUUUGUAUAAAGAGACGAAGGAUUUGAAUUCCGGAGCAUCAGCAGUGUGUGUCAGUGCCGUUCAUCGCCUCACGGGGGAGAAAGUGGCCCUGAAGGUGUUCAAGAACGGCACGGACUCGAUCGGCCGGCCCAAACCCUACACGAAGUCCUGCUUCUUGGAGGAAGCUGAAAUAGCACUGAAGUGUCGUGGUCACCCAAACGUCAUCUGGACAUCCCUUCCUGCGUACAGGACAGUCAGCGAAGGAUACGUGUUGGUUUGCGAGUGGGGCAAUGGCAGUGAUUUGCUAGACUUUUACAACGACGAGCGCAACCUGACGCAGAAAGACAUCCUAGGGUUUCUCAUGCAAAUGGCAGCCGGUCUGCAGCAUGUUCACGAUCGUGGCUUUGUUCACAUGGACGUGAAACCUGAGAAUUUCGUCGUGUCCACCGAUCCGGCCGGCAACCGAACGAUCAAGUUGAUAGACUUCGGCCUCGCCUAUCCCGUUGGCAAGGUACUACCACACAGAAUGUCUGUUUGUGGUGGGCGAGUGUACUACGCGCCCGAGAAGUUCCCACCGUCCCCCGGCAACCAGACCACCCGUACUCACUAUUGCGUUCAGCCGUCGUUCGACGUAUGGGGUUUUGGCGUGACGAUGCUCUCCUGCAUGACGUCACGAAUGCCCUGGGGGGUUGCGUAUGACACGGACGAGGGCUAUAAGCGCUUCAAGCAGUACAUAGCAGAGCCGCAGAAGCUCCAGCGCCCGCCGGCACCUUUCAGCCAGCUCACAGAGAAAUGGGUGCAAAUCUACGGGCGUAUUUUCAUGGAAGACCUCAAUGAGCGAAUCUCUAUGGCAGAUUUGACGGAAAUUCUGAGCACAGAAAGCCAGUUUCUUCGGAAACGUGACUCUUCCCCCUUCCAGGACUCUUCCCCCUUCCAGGACUCUUCCCCCUUCCAGGACUCUUCCCCCUUCCAGGACUCUUCCCCCUUCCAGGACUCUUCCCCCUUCCAGGACUCUUCCCCCUUCCAGGACUCUUCCCCCUUCCAGGACUCUUCCCCCUUCCAGGACUCUUCCACCUUCCAGGACUCUUCCACCUUCCAGGACUCUUCCCCCUUCCAGGACUCUUCCCCCUUCCAGGACUCUUCCACCUUCCAGGACCCUUCCCCCUUCCAGGACUCUUCCCCCUUCCAGGACUCUUCCCCCUUCCAGGACUCUUCCACCUUCCAGGACUCUUCCCCCUUCCAGGACUCUUCCCCCUUCCAGGACUCUUCCCCCUUCCAGGACUCUUCCCCCUUCCAGGACUCUUCCCCCUUCCAGGACUCUUCCCCCUUCCAGGACUCUUCCCCCUUCCAGGACUCUUCCCCCUUCCAGGACUCUUCCCCCUUCCAGGACUCUUCCCCCUUCCAGGACUCUUCCCCCUUCCAGGACUCCAAUAACUACAUGUAG